AUGGAGGUGGUAUUUCUUCAGAAUUACAUUCAAACCCUGAGAGCCGGUGGCGCUAAUGUUCAGUUCGUAAUUGACAACUCUGGGGACCCCACCGGAGCAUUUCGUCUCCCCGCAAAUCUCAACCUUGGUGAUUACUUCUUUGGGCCGGGUCUCGAGCAAUUGAUUCAGCACCUUGCGGAGAACGAUCCUAACCGGUAUGGGACACCCCCGGCCUCCAAGUCUGCCAUCGAGGGGCUCCCUAACAUCCCAAUUACGGAGGAGUUGCUGGCCACGGAUUCAUCACAGUGUGCGGUGUGUAAAGACACGUUCGAGCUUCGGGAAUUGGCCAAGCAGAUGCCCUGCAAACACAUCUAUCAUUCUGAUUGCAUCCUGCCUUGGCUGGAAUUGCACAAUUCUUGUCCUGUGUGUCGGUAUGAGUUACCUACUGAUGAUCCUGACUACGAGCAAAGGGCUCGCGGUCAAUCUACAGCUGCUAGUGCUGAUUCUUCUGCUGAUACAGACACCUCACAGUCACCCAGCGAGCGGAGCUUUAGGGUUUCUUUGCCCUGGCCCUUUAGGCAGUUUUCUUCCGUUGCGGAGACGAGCAAUAACAAUGGAAACACUACUGGGGAUUCUAAUCAGCCAGAAACCAGGCAAGAAGAUCUUGAUUGAGUAUCAUCAGUGUUUCGAAUAGCUGUCCCAUUCGAUUGAAGGUGAAGGAUCUGAUGGGGAGCCACCACAAAGGCGGGAGCUCCAAUUCUGCAAGUGAUUUUUCAGACCUGUCUUUGCAGUCUGAAGUUCUUAAAAUGGAGCUUCAAGCUACCAAAAAGGAAAGGGACAAAGCAAUUAUGAAGCGUGAUGUGUACAAGGAAGUGUUGGAAGAAUUUGUUGAUAUGAAGUUGAAGGACUGUCAAGCGUGAUGUGUACAAGGAAGUGUUGGAAGAAUUUGUUAAACUGAAGUUGAAGGACUGUGAAUGAAUGAAUUAUGUAUCAUUUUUUUGUUGGGAAAUAUUUACAACUAUGUAAAUUAACCUUUCUUGUUCCAUCAGAUGCUGUGUGAAUUUCUUUCGGGGCAAGAGCCUUGAACUCAGCAUUUUCAUUCAACAUUUUCCACGUGCCCGCAUCUA